AGUAGUAGGAAACCCCACAUGAACGCUACCUUAAUGGAGAGUCUCCUUCGCCUCGUCUCCCCUGUUGUGAAGGGUGGACACGAACACCCAUCUGAUAUUUUGAAAUGACCUUUGACUGGUAUAGAAGAACCUCAGUUUUCUACUAUAAAAAAGCCCUACGGAUAUUGGAUAACAUAUCAUAGUGAAAUUAAACAGAGCGCGCUAGAGGAGAAGAGGAGGAACACACAAUAACAGAGGAAGAAGGAGCGAUCACAGCAACACGAGUGGUAACAAAUUUUUGCUACUAUCACCGUCGAAUUUCUUAGCAACGGGCAGAUAGAAAAUAAUAAUUUAAUUUGCUCAGUUGCAUGUCUGCUUCAAUUUGAAUGAAAAAUGAGAGGUGUGUCUCUGUUUUGUGUCGAAUUGGGGAAGGGUUUACUGUGCCCUAAUCUUAGAAGUAGAAGAAUAUACUAAUUGGGUUUUACUUUUCAAGGUUCGUUUUCACAUGGGUUGAUCUUGGUUGCGGAUUACGAUACUCGGAACAAGUUGUAAACGCCUUGCAUUGUUAUAUGUUUCGAAGAGUUAUUUUAGUAUUGGGUAUUUUCCUACUGGAUUUUGAAGUUGGUUAAGGAUGAGGACUGUAGCAAACAGAGUAGAGAAAUCCACAUGGCAUUUACUGCCUGAAAUGGCACAACAUCAACAAUGUCAGCGUGUAAACUUAGCAGAGUUGAAAGCACAGUUUGAAAAGAAAAUUGGACCAGAGAAGACUAGUAAGUACUUCGAACAGUUUAAGAAGUAUUUAGAAGGUAAACUUGUUAAGAUCAAAUUUGAUGAGCUCUGCCGUUUGACUAUUGGUAAGGAAAACAUUCGACUCCACAAUCAUCUUAUAAAGUGUAUUUUGAAGAAUGCACUUUUGAACAAGAUUCCUUCCAGCGGCCCUAUCAAUGGAGUAGUAAGAAAAGCCAAGACCAAUUCUCCCUUGCAUGAGAAUGGGGAUUUUUUGUGCUCCUCCAAUGGAGAUGGUCAUGCUGCUUUUGGUGGGUCCCACAGGAAGAUCCGGUCUGAUAGAAGAACAAGGUAUAGUCUCUCUGUAAAUUCUCCUAGGCCUGAUGAUUCUGCUGCUUCUCUGCAAGGAGUAGUUGUUAAGAAUGACAUAGUAUUGGCUAAGGGUGAUCUCAAGUCCCCUGAUUUGGCAAGACCAUUGCCACUCUGUUCAGCACGAGUCGGGUCCCCUCAUUUACCUGAGGCAGAGUUUAAUCCUAACAGUAAGCGACAGCGGCCUGAGGCAGAGAUCAACCCCAGUGUCAAAAGGCAACGGCUUGAGGUCUUAAAAUCAUCAGCCGUGCAAGUCCUAACAGAUGACGAAGUUGCUAUCGAAGCUGCUGAUGUUGAAAAUGAUAAGGCGGUAGCAGUUGGAGAGGUGAACGAACUUGAAUCUGCUGUUUGGGUAGACAGACCAAUAACUGCACCGUUGGGAAUUCAAUUUUGUUCUAGGGACAUUGGUUAUGCCAGAAGACCAACUUAUACUAGGUUGUUGAAUCACGAUUCAACAUAUUGUAUAGAUUCUCAGCAAUUGCCUGAUACAGAGACUCUUUGCAGAAGAAUGGAAAGGGCAGCCAAAGCUGAGGAUUUGCAGAAUGUGAAUUUGGACUGUGCUAUUAUCUCAAACUAUGGUGUAGAUGCUUUAUUAAAGAGACUGAUAAAGUCUGCGAUAGACUUAAAGAAGGGGGGUUUAGCCGGGCAAAGUCAUGAACCUUAUUGUCAGAUUCCUGGUCAGUCAACACAAGGUGUUAACAUUUCAAGGGCUGCUCAUCCUUUACAUAUGGACAAUACAAGUAUUGGAAAGGAUGCCAUACAGAAAGAGAGUUUUGAUCAGUCUUCAGUUUCACUUCUUGAUUUUAAGACAGCAAUGGAUUUAUAUCCUCAGCAACUGGGUGAACAUUGGCCCUCAAAAUUGGAAAAGAUAUCCUUCUGUCUUUUGAAUCGAGAGUAGAACCUUGACCUUUAUGACAUAUUUUUUUCACUUAAAAUUUUCAAUGUUGCACCACAUGUCUUUGUGAACGGCACCCUGUACAGAUUCUGUAAGUGAAGCCAAGACUGGAGCCACAUUUGAGAGGGAAAGUUCAAAUAUUGAGUAUGGCAGUGGUACAUCAUUGAUUUUGAGUAAUAAUAGUGGGGAAACCGAAAAUGAGUCAUAAAGUACUAUGAAGGAGAAGCAGGUUAUGGCCAGAGCAAGAGAAAUUCUAGAGCAUUACAGCAGCAAAUCCAUCAUUGCUUUUGUUUGACACAGCUACAUGGUUGCUAUGUGGAAGCCGGGAGAAGAACGUGCAUAAGUUCCUUUCAACUUUUGGAUUCUGAAAGGACUAGGGCUUAGUAUUUAGAUGCCAGAAUGUGCUUUUGUUUUUCUACUGGAGGGGUUGGCAAGAAUGCAACGGGAUGCACUUCAAAUGCCAAAAGCCUUCCAAUAUUCUGCUUCAUGAUUCACUUGCACAGGGGUUUAAGGAUGAAUUAUGCUGUAUAAUGCAGUGGGAUGGGCUUCGUUUGCCAAAAGUGGACUGAUAUUUUGCAUCACGAGUCACUUGCUUAGGGGUGUAAUGGUGAUGGAAAGGAAAUAUAGCUUUGUGGUCAUGAACUUUGUUCUCCUAAAUUCCGCACAUGCUUGUGUGGUAUGCAAGGUUUCUUGAGCCAUUCAUGAUCCAUUAUAUUUUUAUUUUUAAAAAGAAAUUGUUUUUUAAAGGUUAUAGGUUUACUGCUUUUCUGCAUUCAUAGUUACCUGGUCUUGCUGUUAUAGUUACAUUUUCUUAUUACAGUUUCUGGGACAAUCUUUUUAUUGAAAUUGAGAACGCUCAGAAACUUAUAUUACCAUGCAUUAUGCACUACUAUUUUAAAACAAUUUAUGUAAGAUUAGAUCUUUUGUGGAA